CAUAAAAGAGCCCCCAGAAAGUGAGCCCAGCAGCACACCGGAGUCCCGUCGCUCGUGAUGGCAGGAUCGGCGUUGCACUUGUUCGUCCUGCUGGCGCUGUCACUGCUGCACACCUGCGCCGCCCAGCCCUUGUUCGUCCUGACAGCUCCAAAUGUCAUAAGGGUGGAAAGUGAGGAGAACAUCGUUCUCGAAGCGCACGACUUUGCUGGUGUUAUCGAUGCCGAAAUUCGUGUUUUAGACUUCCCAGGCAAAAAGCAGACCCUGUACCCGACUGAUGGCGCAGAUAACAAAGUGCAGCUGAGCGCAAACAAUCAGUACCAUGUGACCAAAGCAAUCAAGAUUUCUGCCCGACAUUUCAAGUCCGAUUCCCGCACCAAUCAGUAUAUCUACCUGCAAGCCACCUCGCCCAACUUUAACCUGGAGAAGGAAAUUGUGGUGUCCUUCCACUCUGGAUACGUGUUUGUGCAGACUGACAAAACCAUCUACACCCCCACUGACAACGUUCUCUACAGAGUCUUCUCCAUGACUCACCACCUGAGCCCAACUACGAGUGCGGUUUCCGUGGAGGUUAUGAAUCCUGAUGGCAUCAUCGUCAGCAAAGAUGUGCUUUCAUCUCCUCAUGGCAUUUCCUCCGGGACUUACAAAAUGCCCGAAGUUGUGAAUGUUGGCAUCUGGAAGAUUGUGGCCAAAUUUGAAGUGACACCACAGGAGAAUUACACAUCUGAAUUUGAAGUCAAGGAGUAUGUCCUGCCAAGUUUUGAAGUGAAACUGGAACCCAGCCAGGCAUUCUUCUACGUCGAUGACAACGAGCUCUCUGUUGACGUCACUGCCACGUACCUUUAUGGAAACAAAGUCUCGGGAUACGGAUACAUUGUUUUUGGAGUGCUGGCCGAUGACGAGAAGAAAAGCUUCCCAGAUUCCCUGCAGAGGAUUGAAAUUGAAGACGGAAGAGGAACGGCUCGACUCACGAGACAGCACAUCCUAAGCGCUUUCCCACAAAUUAACCAGCUUGUUGAUAAGUCCAUUUACAUCUCGGCCACCGUCUUGACAUCUACUGGUAGGUGCCAUGCUGGUGAACCCUGUCAUGAAGAUUAA